CUUCAUAUAAAACAAACAAAGGAAAAACCCAACACCUUCUUCAAUCCCAUAUCCUCUUUGAUCCAUCUCUCCGAUCUCAUCUCUGAAACCCUUGACUCUUACCCAACAUCCCAUUUGGCAAUUUCUUCAUCCUUCAUCAUGCUCUAACCCUAAAACCCCUGAUUUCUAGACGACCUAGAACCCUGUUUUCUCAGAUUUCACGGCUCUGGUUCACGAUCUGGGGUGGUUUUGUGAGUGUUGUUUUGUGCAACGCGCGGGCUUAGGGGUUUCGAAGAGCAUACGAUAAUGCCUUCGGUGCCCAUUCAACUCCUGCUACGACCCUUGGUCCCUAACUUGACUUCCUUCCACGGCGGCUCUAGCUCUCAUCGUCUGAAACGUAUGGAAAAAAGCGAUCGGCGUGGUAAUCUUAGUUAACAUUAGGUUUUAAUAUCACUUUGGGUUGUUCUUUUUGUGGUUCUUGCUCAGCUUCCCAGACUCCCUGUUUGUUGGGUUUUUGGUGUUCUUCUCGUUUUGUGGUCUGCAAGAGGUUAGAUAAUUUUGUCAAGAAAUCUGAGGUUUAGGGAUCGGAGGAUCCGUAAGGCUUACAAAGUUUGGUAUUGGUUUAUAAGUUCUUGGUCUCAAGGUUAUUCUAGCUCUGAACUUUAUACGAGAAUCUGGUAUUGUAGAUGGACAUAAGCUCUCCGUGUGGUAAGUCGGUGUUGAAAAAUGUAGGCAGCUUCCCAGGUUUGCAGCCCUCUGCGAACCAAGCACAAAGUCCUAAUAGUUCGCUUUCGGAUCGUUUGGUAAGUGACCUUGUAAAUGCUGUUGACGAGUCCUUGAAUAUCAAAGAUGUUGGAGAAGAGUCCUUGAAUAUUAAAGAUUUGGUUGAAGAGUCGUUGAAUCUCAAAGAUGUUGGAGAAGAGUCCUUGAAUAUCAAAGAUUUUGUUGAAGAGUCGUUGAAUCUCAAAGAUGUUGGGAAAGAGUACGUUGGUAUCAAAAAUGUUGGAGAAGUGGAACAUGCUUCUUCUAAUGAGGAAAUUAUUAGCGGCGUGGAGGAAAGAGACGCAUGCGAAGGUCCUAAAGCACAACAGGGAAAAAUCACUCAGAAGUGCUUGAAUAAGUGUGUAACCUUUCCUAAUGCUAAUGGGGUGCUGCCUCGUAAUGCCUCCUCAGAUAUGGCAGAGGAGGAACCCAAAACAGCCAUGCAGACGCCAUUUGUGGAGGAACAUCUUCACCAAGCUUACUCACGCUCAGUGUCUUUGCCUGCUCCUUCGAAGCUACUUUCUGCAAUGAAAGGCAGCCGGGAGAAAGAGGGGUUAUCACCAGGGAAACUUACUGUCACUUGGGCCCCUGAUGUGUAUGAUCCGCCUGCUACAUCGAUGUCGCACACAGUUACAGGCAAGAAACAGCAGAAGUCAAAGAACAAGAAAAAUUGGAAGAGAGAUGGAAAGAAGGGGCAAAAGGGCAGCUCUUCUCGAGGAAAAGAGAAGAAGCAAUAUCGCAAAGGUGGGGCUUCCGAGAGGUCUCACAGAUAUCUGGAUUCCCGUGAAACAUUGGUUGACACAAACAAUGAUUUUGGUGACCUUGUGGUUGGCAGCCCAGACCCACAUUCUUAUUGUGGGAGCUCCUUAUUGAAAAAUUCGCUCACAAGCAUGCAUUACCCAGUUGCAGAAGCCCUGUGAACCACAUAUUUUGUUGCGAGUAUCACAUCCUACGCUGUGUACAUAAAUAAUUAUCACUCACUACAGUUCUGUUGGGGUGGGUUGGGUGUUUGAGAAAACUUGGAACAAUAUGCUACUCUGUUUGUGUCUGUCGUUGAGCCAGUGUGGUGAUCCCUUUAUAUAUAAUGUGUGGUUUUCUUAUGUUCCUUUUGCAGCAGCAUUUUGUAAUUGUAUUCGGUGUAAUGGGUUGGCCUCACUUGUUAAUUUCCCAUUUCGAUAAAUUUAUAGGAUUCUUUGUUCUG